ACUUUGAACAGGUUGCAGGACACAUUGAACUUGAAGACCUUUUACAAUAUCAUCUGGGGAGUGAAGUAAUCUGGUCCUGACCUUCCUUCAAACCCUGGAUGAAAUCCUACAUCUGACCUCUGUGGAAUGAAAUGCUACUGGGAGAUUCUUGUGGGAACUUGACUGCGAGCUGCUGAUACAGUGGCCUGGAGCAGAGCUUUUACAUUCAAAUUAACUUGAAAGGACUGGGAUAACCCUUGACGUGUUGCACUUUGUUAACUCUUCGGUGUAGUGCUGUACAGAAGUUGAAAUGGGACGCAGGAAAUCGAAGAGAAAGCCUCCUACCAAGAAGAAAGUGCUUGGGACUCUGGAAACACAGUUCACGUGUCCAUUCUGUAACCAUGAAAAAUCGUGUGAUGUUAAAAUGGACCGUGCGCGGAAUACGGGGAUCAUAUCCUGCACCGUAUGUUUAGAAGAAUUCCAAACUCCAAUAACAUAUCUGUCGGAACCGGUGGAUGUUUACAGUGAUUGGAUUGAUGCCUGUGAAGCAGCAAACCAGUAGUUUAGGAUCAAGUCACUUACAUUUUUAUUUCGAGGUGUUUUCCAGAUUUCUUUUUUGCUGACUGUAUAUAAUUUGAGUUCUUCUGUAAACCUUUGGACUGUUUCCAGGCUGUGUUAUUAAAAAGUUAGAAUUCUUCCA